AUGGAUUUUGAGAGCCCAGACGUAGAAAAAGAUUUUCCGGGCCUGUAUGCAUCAGAAACUGGACGUAAAAGUAAUGAAAGUGAUUUUAGUGAUGGCGGAGAGCAUGAAAAACCCAGCAAAAAAGAUUUACUUGGUAGACGGAAGGACAAAAAAGAAUCCAAGAAAGAUAGAGGUUAUGCUGCUUUGGAAGGAGAAAGUUCUCCUGAAGAAGACACAGAUACUAAAAGUCCAUCUAAAACGAAGAAGACAAAGUCAUUUAAAUUUCCAACUAAAAGUAAAGAGAAGAGGGAGAAAUCCAGGGAUAAGGAAAAAGUUGUAGAUGAUGCAACAAAACAAAAAGAACUCAGUGAAAAAGAAAAGAAAAAAGAAAAGGAAAGGGAGAAAGAAAGAGAAAAAGAAAAAAAAGAAAAAGAAAAAAGAGAGAAGCUGAGAGAAAAAGAUAAGACAGUACCGACCUUGACAGAGCCGACAUGGUUUAUUCAGUUGUGUUCAGACCGCGACAUGCAUCACCUGCGGAACGUAUUCGCUAAGGAAAAGGAAGAAAAAGCGAAAUUUAAACUUGAAUCGAAGGAAAAACUAAAAGAUGAUAAAAAAGAAAAAGUUAAGGAUAAAGACAAGGAAAAGGUAAAGGAGAAAGAUAAGGAGAAAAUCAAAGAAAAAGAUAAAGAUAAAAAAGACAAGAAACUCACAAAGGUACCGUCCACAGUCACGUCAGGUGUUCCUUUCGAAGAAAUAUUUACUUUAGGAGUCGCGUUACCAAUAUUUGGCGUUCCACUACAACAGUCUGUAGAGCGUUCAAGAUGCCACGACGAUACCGGCCUGCCUCUAGUAGUUCGGGACAGCAUCGAUUAUUUACAGGCGUAUGGUAUAAAAUCGAAUCAAAUAUAUCGAGCGGAGCCCGACAAGAUAAAAUUGCAACAACUACGCAAGUUGUAUACGGAUCGGGGUCCGACGUUCCCUUACCACUGGGACGUGUCGGUCGCCUGCGCUAUUCUUAAGAGUUUUAUCAGCGAGCUCCCGGACUCGAUACUAACACAAGAGCUGCACGGGCAGUUCGAGCAGGCCACGGCCAUGGCCGAGCCACAGCGCGAGGCCACGCUGGCCGCGCUCGUGGCGCGCCUGCCCGCGCCGCACCACGCGCUGCUGGCCUGGCUCAUGAAGCACUUUGAACAUGUUGUCGCUAAUGAACAGGUAAAUCACGUAAACAUCCAAACAAUAGCGACGGCAAUGGGUCCAGCUCUCAACAUGUCCUUGAAUCUCCUUACAUAUUUAAUAACCAAAGCCGACAAACUCUUCCCAGAUGUUCGUCUUACUAAAUAUGUCCCACCACUACAGUCCAUCCCAGCUGAUUUCCCAGAAACAGCGAAUGAAAUAAGCGAAGAGCUUCGAAAGCAAGAGUCUCUGUUGAACCAAAUACACGCGGAAAUGCACGCCGGGUUCAUUACUAAUGCCAGGGACCAGCAGCUGUGGGAGGCGCAACGAAUUGUCACACAACUCAAGAGAAAACUUCGGUCAGUUCAAAAAUCAGUAGAACCUAACACAGCACCGGUACAGCAACCUUCUAUAGAUGAGAAAGACAAACCGGAAGAAAAACCAGAACCAGUACGAAGAGACUCGCAACCAAUAGAAAUUGUCCAAACCGAAGUAGAAAUCCCGCAAACAGACGCAUUUGAUAUUAAAGAAUCUCCAAACACUAUGCCCGACCCAACAUUCCCAGUAGAAUUCGAAGACAAUUUUGAAUUUAAACCAGCAGAAGAUAUAACCGAUGCAGAAUCAUCACCAGAAAAACCAAAGUUAACAGAGAAAGAGCUAAAAGUGCUAAGAUUACAAUUAGAGAACGCUGAAUAUCUACAACUGAAAUCGUUACUUCAGGCUAAAAUAAAUUCUGAACAGUUUGAAAUAGUGAAAUUGAGGAGUCACGUGGCAUUGAAGAGCAAACAAGAAGGGAAUAUGCAAAGUAAAGAAAACAAAGAGAACUACACAUUAGAAGAACAAGAGUUGAGGCAGAAGUUGAUGAAAGAAAACGCCAUGUUGGAACAGAAGAGACUGAAUUUGGUCAACCAGAUAUUCCAAGAGCGUGUUGCGUGUAUACAAUUGAAAAUCGAACUGGCUAUGAAAGAGAUUAUGUCGAAAUCU